GGCAGGGUGUGGAGUGGUCGGCGAACAAGAUGCGUAUCAACAAGUCACUGACAUGGGUACCUACCCGUCUAUUUCGUCGUGAUAAGUAUUUUGGCAUUUGUGUAAUGUGUACCGUAUUCGUCUCGUCGUGUUCUGUCGGAAACUUAGAAGUUCGACGUUAAAUUCGAAAUUAUCGCAAGUGGAAAAUACAACGGUCUUCCGAGCUCGGUGUUAUCGUCGCUAGUCCGUUCGUAGAUGGCUUGAGUUUUGUUGAAACCGCGAUCGAUCCAUCGUUACCUAAACGUUCGUUUUUAACCAAUCUACCUAACGACCGACACUACAAUCAGGCACUGCGUUUGACUGAUGAGUGAGUCCGUCGGACGGAUUGAAAGAAAAUCGAAUACUGUUGUUGAUGUAUGUCGCGUAAAUUAUAAUUCUCUACAUUGAUACCUAUAUCUCCGCCAAAUUAUAAGAUGUGUUCUGAUAAAAUCAUGGUUUUCAGACCAACUUGGGCAGAAUUUAAAAAUUUCAGUAGCUAUAUUGAACUGAUGGAGAAGGAAGGUGCUCACAGAGCUGGAUUGGCGAAAGUUAUCCCACCACCUGAAUGGAUAGCAAGAAGAAAGCGUUAUGAUGAAGAUGAUAUUAUGAGUUUGAAAAUUCCAGCUCCAAUCAGUCAAGUUGCACGAGGUAAUCAAGGACUUUUUCAACUACUUAAUGUAGAAAAGAAACCAAUGACAGUAUCCAAUUAUAAAAUAAUAGCAGAAUCUGAUAAAUUUAAGACACCUGACCACUUUGAUUAUGACGAUCUUGAAAGAAAAUUUUGGAAAAAUAUUAUGUACAAACCCCCAUUGUAUGGUGCAGAUGUAUCUGGAUCUAUUACGGAUAAAGAUGUUGAUGUUUGGAAUAUUAACAAAUUGGGUACAAUAUUAGAUUAUGUAAAUGAAGAUUAUGGUGUUAGAAUUGAAGGUGUCAAUACAGCUUAUUUAUAUUUUGGUAUGUGGAAAUCCUUAUUUGCUUGGCACACUGAAGACAUGGACUUGUAUAGUAUUAACUAUAUACAUGAAGGAUAUCCAAAGACAUGGUAUACAAUACCUCCAGAACAUGGCCACCACUUUGAAAAGUUGGCUAAUCGCCUUUUUUCAACUGAAGCUUCAAACUGCUCUGCUUUUCUCAGACAUAAAACGACAAUUAUAUCUCCUAAUAUUUUGAAACAAAAUUAUAUACCAUUUAAUAAAAUCACACAAGAGCGAGGUGAAUUUAUGAUAACAUUCCCCUUUGGAUAUCAUUCGGGUUUUAACCACGGAUUCAAUAUGGCGGAAUCCACUAAUUUUGCAUCUCCACGCUGGGUGGAAUAUGGGAAAAAAGCUUCACUAUGUCAUUGCAGUGAAGAUUCAGUGAAGAUUUGUAUGGAUACAUUCGUUAAACGUAUACAACCCGAAAAGUAUGAAUUAUGGCUUCAAAAGAAUAAUAUUGGUGCUCAUCCAAAAGAUUCUUCUGGUACUUUAGAAGCUCCUUUGACUAGUAAAUCUAACAUAUUAUGUAAUAAGAACAAUGUAGGUAUUCCAAAAAAUAAUAUUAAAGCUGGUAGAAAACGUCGCCGUGUAGCACUUUUAUCAGACUCUGAAUCGUCUAAUGAUACAAUAUAUGCAAAUAAAGCUAUAGAUGUGAAUAAAUGUCUCAAUAAGAGUAUUAAAUAUUCAACAGUAAAAUGUGACAAUGUUAAUGAUAACGCGCAUUUAAAUAUAGUUGUAACUAAACCAUUACCACUAUUUAAUUUGGAAAAGCCACGUAAUUCAUCUCUCACCAGUUCAAAACCCCACAAGAAUUCAAAAAAUCAACCAUCUAAUAUGACAUCAAUAUUUAUGACUCAAACUAAAGAAAAAAUAGAUUUGGAAUCCACACGGAAUUUCAUUCAUGUACCUAUGCCGAUUAAGGAAGAAAAACAUGAAAUUGAUGGUAUACAAAAUAAUAUCAGCGUUAUGGUUAAGAAUUGUUGCUCAUUUGAGAUUGAGCGACUGUAUAAUAUUUAUAGAAGUAUGGAUGAUCCACAUUGUUCAAUAUGUAUGAUGUUAAAUCGUAAAAAGUUAACUUUCAACUUGGAUUGGCAAAUCAUAGCAAAAUUGUCCGUGUUACCCACCUUGAAGAAACCUACCAAAGCAUUAUAUAAACAUGCACUUUCUGGCAGUGACAAGGUUUUUAAGGAAAAACUCAUAAGAUGUGAAAAAUGUUAUUUGACCGUUCAUGAAGUGUGUUAUGGCAUAACUAUAGACACAAGUAUUCAUUGGUUGUGUGAUCGAUGCAUGACAAAUCCUAAGCUUGCUGCUUGUGUAUAUUGUCCAUUGAAAGGUGGUGCUCUAAAAGAAUUUAAAAUCAAUGGAUGGUCACAUGUUGAAUGUCAUCUUUUUGUGCACGGCAGUAGUCCGUUAUUAGCUACCAAUACUUUUUCAACAGACUUUAUAACUAACCAAAAGUGUGUAAUAUGCAAUUUAACAUCUGGUAAUUGUUUUCGUUGCUCUGCAAGCGGUUGCCGUGCACGGUUCCAUAUUUCUUGUGGAAUAUUUGCUGGAUAUGAUUAUCAAAUUAACCAAAAGAGCAAGCAUAUUGCUUUAAUCCAUUGCAAUAAUCAUUCAUAUGUUCCAGAUAAAAACCUGUUAGUUCACAUAAAUCAAAAACUAUGGGCAAGGCACUUGGAACGUAAAAGGAUCUCUGAAUGUCGAAUUGUAAAAAUUGAUAAAACUCCUUUAGGUAUUGUGAAAUUCAGUGAUGGUACAAUAUCAGACAGUAUUACACUAAAAGAAAUUAAGAACUAUGCAAAUAAUUUUCCACUUAUUAACAAAGAAAUACAUUUAAAAUCUGGUGACACAGGUUUAUUUCUGGGCUUAAAUUAUAAGCCAAUAUAUUCAGUUGAAUAUAACGAUGGUACAUCUGGUUGUCUACUCCCUGAUGAUCUAUGCAGUUUCGAUGAAAAACUUAAUAGCAGUCUGCAACGGCAAGCUAUAUGACCAUUUGGGUUAACUAAAUAUCAAAAAAGAAAAGAAAAUAAUUGAUGUUUUAUAAGUAUAUUACUUAAUUAACUAUUUCACUUAAAGAACUUUUAAGAAUAUAAUAUAUAUAUUUUUUAAUCAACUUGUAAUUCAUUUUAUAUAUUGUACG